AAGACAUCUUCUCAGUGUGCUCGGUGUUAGGCGCCGGUGUUAGGAGCCGGCUGGUGACACAGCUGUGGACCGUCAUCUGCCUCCAGGUGUUGCCUCUGUUCCUAUCUGCAUCCUUUUGCAACUUUUUAAGACAGGUGCAACACUGUACUCCAGUUAAAACAAUACAGCAAUUUAAGUCGCUGCUACUAUAAUGGAAAAGUAUGAAAAAUUAGCUAAGAUUGGAGAAGGGUCUUAUGGAGUUGUAUUCAAAUGCAGAAACAAAACGUCUGGACAAGUGGUAGCUAUUAAAAAAUUUGUGGAAUCCGAAGAGGAUCCUGUUAUUAAGAAAAUAGCACUAAGAGAAAUACGUAUGUUGAAGCAAUUAAAACACCCAAACCUUGUGAACCUCAUUGAGGUGUUCCGGAGAAAGAGGAAAAUACAUUUGGUUUUUGAAUACUGUGAUCACACGCUUUUAAAUGAGCUGGAAAGACACCCAAAUGGAGUUGCUGAUGGAGUGAUUAAAAGCGUAUUAUGGCAAACACUUCAAGCUCUUAAUUUCUGUCAUCAACAUAGUUGUAUUCACAGGGAUGUCAAACCUGAAAAUAUUCUAAUAACUAAGCAAGGAAUAAUCAAGAUCUGUGACUUUGGAUUUGCACGAAUUCUGAUUCCAGGGGACGCCUACACGGACUACGUCGCCACAAGGUGGUACCGAGCUCCCGAACUCCUCGUCGGGGACACUCAGUACGGCUCUUCCGUCGACGUCUGGGCUGCGGGCUGCGUCUUCGCGGAGCUCCUGACCGGCCAGCCGCUCUGGCCCGGGAAGUCGGAUGUGGAUCAGCUCUAUCUGAUCAUCAGGACUCUGGGCAAACUAAUCCCGAGGCAUCAGUCCAUCUUUAAAAGCAACCAUUUUUUCCAUGGCAUCAGUAUUCCUGAACCAGAAGACAUGGAAACUCUUGAAGAAAAAUUCUCAGGUGCUCAUCCCAUGGCUUUGAACUUUAUGAAGGAGUGUCUGAAGAUGAAUCCAGACGACAGAUUAUCCUGCGCCCAGCUCCUGGAGAACCCCUACUUUGAUUCUCUCCGAGAAGACCCAAUUAAAAGAAAAGCACAUAAUGAAGGAAGAAGCAGAAAACAUCAGCAGAAUCACCUGUUGCCUCUCAUACCAGGAAGCCACACCUCCCCCACACCUGAUGGAAGAAAACAAGGCCUCCAGUUACAAUUUGAUCAUCUUCCAAACAUUUAGGGAAAUGUUCUUUCAAGUGGAAAGUAAUUUAAUAUGUACACAUUUUUGUACAAGAGAGAUAGGAAUUCUCAAUGUUUCAAAUGCAAAUGAGCCAUAUGAAAAUGAAGAUGCCUUCUAGAAUUGUUUUUGCUCUGAUCAUUACUGAUUCCUCUGCCCAGGCUUUCCAUAUGCCAGCUUUAUCUCUUAGAACAUUGUCUUAAAAUGUUAUAAAGUCUGAAACUGCCCAUAUGGAGGAGAUAUUUUCAGUCUCAUCAGAGCAGCCCCUCCUGAGGAAAAAUUUAUAUUGAGAAUUUGCGGGCUCAUACUUUGAUUUCUGAACAAGAUUUGCAUACACCAUCUUGCUUCAGCUGACCUCAUAAUGUCUUAGAGCAAUAGCAAAUAGCUUGCCUUGCUGCUGUUCGUGUGAGAAAUGACAUUGUAUUCCUGCAUUGUAAUCCUCGCU